UGUGCCGUCAAAAGGAAGCGACAGUAGCAGAAAAAGAUAGCAGUCAGCUUAGUCGUAUCGACGCGAAUGAAUCUCCGGCGCAGUCGGAAAAAGGUUUUAUGAGUCUGGAAAUUAUUUCCAGCUCGUGCUCAUCUCUGAUCAGUGCUACUAGAUAGAAGAGGCAUAAGGUGAGGCAAAAGAAGUAGAAGGGCAAAGUGAUCAAAAAGUGACUGCUAAGAAAAAUGGAGGAACGCCGGCAAUAGGCUCGAGCGAUGAUAGGCUUCUAUUAAAUGCUAAUCAGCAGAUGACGCAGUGCAGUAACUGAGGUUCGUGAUGGCAUAAACAUUCGUGAACGCCAACGACUUGAAGGGUUUUAUGAUCGAUUAGAAGAAGCAGGUUGAUGAAUAUCUAUAUGACGCCACCCAUUUUACUAUAAAAAAAAACUGCGGUUUAGAUCAUAGACAUUGAGGAGUUUGGCGGUCUCUCCUAUGGCGCACGUCUGAUGUUAGCUGCCGCUGCUGUUCUGGCUACAUGCCCUAGCUGAAAGCCAGGCACUUGACUCAGCCUAGACUGAUAACAGGUUAACAGGCGAGAUCUUAGCCUAAGUUGGCUUUUCGGCGCUCGCUUCGCCCCUCAAUUCACCGCUGAAAGAUAGGGCUAGUCCAAAUAUAUUGCCUUCGGUGUGCUUCUGCAGCAGCGAAUUGUUUGCAAUGUCGUUUCGAUAAAACGAAAACGUUCAAUGGAUUCUUAGUAUAUCGUCUUCGUUCGUCAGCCUACAUCGACCAUGCACGCUGUCGGAUUGUUUGUGUUUCAGAGGCAUAAAUAGUUCCGGAAUGGUGUACUGCUAUUGGCGUACAAUGCUGGUCGUACGAUUUUCAAGGAUCCGUUGCGAAUUAUUGCGUCUCCCCGUAAACUGAGUAAGUUCCCGGAUGAGACCCUCGGCGAAAAUCGAUCUUGCACCUGCGCUUUUGCUGCUUAUAAUCAUCAUUCAGAUCUCGCGAGUAGUUCCGCGUGUCGGGCUAUCUCCAGGCCAAUUUCCUUAUACUACUCAAAACCGUCGGCAUCACCAGGAGCCAGUGGAUGAUUCUUACAGUCUUCAGUCAACCCCACAUAUUAACAACGGUAUCUCUUCGCCAACCUCAGAACCCAAAACGAUCGCGACUGCUUUGUCGUCAGUUAUGCCGUAUCAGAAACCUUCAGCUGAUGAAAAUUGCAGCGAUUCGCUAUUCAGCGCUCCGCAACGACGUUUCUGCCAGGCGCAUCCGACAGAGACGUGGCUUAUGGGGAAGGGCGCGGAAGCGGCGCUUAGAGAAUGCCUCCGGGCAUUCAAAGACAUGCGAUGGAACUGCUCCUUAGUGAAAAAAGGACCUGCUGGACUCACACACAGUCUUGUAUCCGGGAGCCGCGAGGCUUCCUUCGUGCACGCGAUCGCCGCCGGCGCUAUGACGCACGCCCUCGUCCGCGGCUGCGCCGAUGGCAGUCUUCGUAAUUGUCGCUGCGAUCGAGAGUUACAUGGCCGUGCGCUACCUGACUUUCCAAUGUGGAAAUGGGGCGGAUGCUCAGCCGACCUGCGCCACCCGAUAAGGUUAAACCGAAGGUUUAUGGAGACCGGCAGUGGAUCCAAGGUAAUAGGGAAGGUUAGAGCUCAGGACCACAUCGAUCGUCACAAUAACAUGGCAGGAAGGCUUGCGGUUAAAUACACACGACGGACAAUAUGUCGUUGUCAUGGUACCAGUGGCGCAUGUAAUCUCAAGACGUGUUGGAAGACUCUUGCACCUGUGUAUGCAAUUGGCGAUUAUUUAACUAAAAGAUAUAGGCAAGCGCUCCAGGUUGAACAACCUCAAGUCCAGGAUGGGCAGCUUUUAUUAAGAAGCGCUACAGAUGGAACAGGUAUACGAGACCGUUACAACUCGGUCGAGCGAAAUCAAGCCGUAGUCGAAGUCCCGCGGCAUCAUCGUAAGCGACAGAGUCGUUAUAAUGGCAAACAGCGGGUAUCAUCUAUUAAGCCUAAGGAGCUUAUCUUCACUUCGGACCUAACGGACUAUUGCAGAUACGAUCCGAAUAAUGGAUCACGCGGAACUGGCGGACGGAAGUGCACAAAAGAAAAUUCCGAGUAUUUAUGUUGCGGAAGGGGCUAUACCGAAGAAUGGCGAAUUGAAGGCGUUCAUUGCAGAUGCAGAUUCGAAUGGUGCUGCCAGGUGCAUUGCGAAAUUUGCCACAAUAGAACUCUCGUGAGAACGUGUGAAGAUUCGCGAUGUAUACCCUAAAAUUGAGAAUACCUUUUUGAAGAUAAUGAACGAUGAGAAAAUUCCGAGAGACAAAUGGCUGAAUCUCUUCGAGUAAGUAUAAUGUAAUGCAACUAAAUGCGAUG